AAGUGGGCGGAGGUAUCCAUUUUACACAGCGGACAGCCCGCCGCCUCCAUUUAAGGCGGGGAGAGGGGAGCGGGCGGCAGUUGCUGUGGUUUCCCAGUUGAGGUUGCUUGUUUCUUUCGGGAGCAGAAACUCGUGGAGGUCGGCUCCGGCGCGGCUGAGAAGGCCGCGGGCGAGAUGUUCAAAAACACGUUCCAGAGCGGCUUCCUCUCCAUCCUCUACAGCAUUGGCAGCAAACCCCUGCAGAUCUGGGACAAAAAGGUGCGGAAUGGCCACAUCAAAAGAAUCACUGAUAAUGACAUCCAGUCCCUGGUGCUAGAGAUUGAAGGGACGAAUGUCAGCACCACGUAUAUCACCUGUCCCGCAGACCCAAAAAAGACAUUGGGGAUUAAACUGCCCUUCCUUGUCAUGAUUAUCAAAAAUUUGAAGAAAUACUUUACCUUUGAAGUACAGGUACUAGAUGACAAGAAUGUGCGUCGGCGGUUUCGGGCAAGUAACUACCAGAGCACCACCCGAGUCAAACCCUUCAUCUGUACCAUGCCCAUGCGGCUGGAUGAUGGCUGGAACCAGAUUCAGUUCAAUCUGUCAGACUUCACACGGCGGGCAUAUGGCACAAAUUACAUUGAGACCCUGAGAGUGCAGAUCCACGCAAACUGUCGCAUCCGACGUGUUUACUUCUCAGACAGACUCUACUCAGAAGAUGAACUGCCGGCAGAGUUCAAAUUAUAUCUCCCAGUUCAGAACAAAGCAAAGCAAUAACUAGAAUGCAACUCAAGGGAUGUCAGACCCUGGACAUGGCUCUUAGUUUGAAAAGGAAACUAACUGGAGGACAAUACAAAAAACAAAUAUUUCUAUUAGUUUACUGUGCUGUGGUUCUUUUAUCUACUACUUGGUGUCCUUUGUUGUGGACACCAGUGACCAUGCCAGAAUGCCAUCCUCGCGUUGCAAGUGCUGUGGGGGUAGGCCAGGCUCUGGUGCACGAAUGCUGGACUUUACACAGCUGCCUGCCCCAGUGUGUGGAGACACAUUUACCAGGAACUAUAGAAUUAAAGAUGUUCCCUAAAGCAAUUUCAGACCAAUAUUUCUUCCUACGGUUUAUUCAUUGUUUUAUAUAUUAUCUAAAUAUAUGUAUAUGCUGUGUAAUACUCAUAAUCUGGAAAUGAAUAAAAUGCUAUAUUCUUGGUUUGUAAA